GAUCCCAUACUGAGUAAGGUGUUACGACCCCAUCAGCGAGAGGGUGUCAAGUUUCUAUGGGACUGUGUUACUGGAAGAAGAAUAGAGGGCAGUUUUGGAUGCAUCAUGGCUGAUGAAAUGGGCUUGGGGAAAACAUUGCAGUGUGUGACGCUGAUGUGGACCUUAUUACGGCAGAGUCCAGAUUGUAAACCUGAAAUAGACAAAGUAAUAGUUGUAGCACCUUCUAGUCUGGUUAAGAAUUGGUACAAUGAGAUCCGUAAGUGGCUCGGAGGGAAGGUUAACCCCUUGGCCAUCGACUCUGGUACUAAGAAAGAGAUUGAUAGGAACUUGGAUUCCUUCAUGAGGCAGCAGGGUCGACGGACACCCACCCCCAUUCUGAUCAUCUCCUACGAGACGUUCAGGUUACAUGCUGAGGUCCUACACAAGGGGGAGGUGGGACUGGUUAUUUGUGAUGAGGGUCAUCGCUUGAAGAACUGUGAGAACCAGACCUACCAGGCUCUGAAUGGUCUUCCAGGGAAGAGGCGGGUACUGCUGUCAGGGACACCCAUCCAAAAUGAUCUUCUAGAGUACUUCAGUCUCGUUCACUAUGUCAACCAAGGCAUUCUAGGCACCGCCCAGGAGUUUAAGAAGAACUUUGAGAGCCCCAUCCUACGAGGAAGGGAUUCUUGUGCAUCAGACAAGGAGAAGCAGAGGGGACAGGAGAAACUGCAGCAGCUUGCCAUAUUAGUGAACAAGUGCAUUAUCAGAAGGACAGCUUCUCUGCUAGCUAAAUAUCUGCCUGUGAAAGUGGAGCAGGUGGUAUGCUGUAGACUUACCUCCAUGCAGUCCUGUAUUUAUCAGCAGUAUGUGAAGGCCAUGAUGAAAGAAUGCCGGAUGAAGACUCAGGGCAAAGUCUCUACGCUCUCUGCUAUCACCCACCUCAAGAAACUCUGCAAUCAUCCUGCUCUUGUGUAUGACAAGUGUGUUUCUUCCAAAGAUGGCUUCCAUGAUAUGCUUCAGAACUUUCCUCCUGGCUACAACAACAAACAACUCAGACCAGAGCUUUCCGGGAAGAUGCAGGUGCUGGACUACAUCCUUGCCAUCACCAAGACAUCCUCAUCAGACAAGGUGGUCUUGGUAUCUAACUACACUCAAACCCUAGAUGUCUUUGAGCAGCUCUGUAGGUUGAGAGGAUAUCUGUUUGUCCGUCUAGAUGGAUCUAUGUCCAUCAAAAAGAGAGCCAAAGUGGUGGACAGCUUCAACAAUCCAAAUAGUCCUGAGUUCAUCUUCAUGUUGAGUAGCAAGGCCGGUGGGUGUGGUCUGAAUCUGAUCGGAGCCAAUCGUCUGGUCAUGUUUGAUCCUGACUGGAAUCCGGCCAACGAUGACCAGGCCAUGGCCAGGGUGUGGCGAGACGGGCAGAAGAAACGGUGCUUCAUCUACAGGCUUCUAGCGACGGGAACGAUUGAAGAGAAGAUCUUCCAGCGACAGGCUCACAAGAAGGCCCUCUCUAGUUGCGUAGUGGACAAUGAGGAGGAUGUGGAGAGGCAUUUCUCCGUGGAUGAACUCAAGGAUCUCUUUCGGUUCAAGGAGGGCACACUCAGUGACACCCAUGACAAGUUCAAGUGCAAUAGAUGUAUAAACAACAUCCAAGUUCGGCUUCCUCCCAAUGACUCAGAUUGCAACAGUGACCUAUCCCAGUGGAACCACUGUGCAGACAAACGUGGCAUCGAGGACCAGGUCCUGAAAGGGGUCUGGGACACCAAGAAUGUGUCUUUCGUCUUCCAUCACAAGUCACAUGAACAGAUUAGGACAGUCUGAGAACUGUACAAGACAGUGUAAAGGUCUGGGGCUAGAUUUUUUAAAGAAACAUUUAGUCUAGAUUUAUGAGGACCAGAUAAUGAAAGGGGUCUGGGCUACCAAGAAUGUGUCUUAGGACAGUCUGAGAACUGUACAUGACAGUGUGAAGGUCUAGGGCUAGAAUGUUUAAAGAAACGUUUAGUCUAGAUUUGUGAGGACCAGAUCCUGAAAGGGUCUGGGCCUCCCAGAAUAUGUCUUUCGUUUGCCAUCACAAGUCACAUAAAUAGAUUAGGACAAUCUGAGAACUGUACAAGACAGUGUAAAGGUCUGGGCCGAGAAUGUUUAAAGAAACAUUUAGUCUAGAUUAUGAGGACCAGAUAAUGACAGGGGCCUGGGUCAUGAGGAAUGUGUUUUUUGUUCUCUAUCACAAGUCUCAUGAACAGAUUAGAACAGUCUGAUAAGUUCUAGAUCUAGCAAGAUUCUUUUCAUAAAACAUGAAGCAUUUCCUUAUUAGGAUCAUGUCAUUCUUC